AUGAAACCGUUUCAAGAGGAAGAAAGUAGCGUGUCAUAUUCGAAAGUAACCAUAUUAUCAAGUACAACAACAAUAACUGAAGACGGUGAAAUAUUUCAAGAUGCAAGUAAUGAUGUAUCCAUUUUGAGUCGUGCAAAAUCAGUAAAAUCUGAUAUUCCACCAGCUCCAAAAAUGGAAGUUUUAAAAGCAUUGCAUCAAGAUGUUUGCCUUUUUAUGAAAAAAGUUCAAACUCCUUUGUUUUUGAGGAAGUGUCCAUUGGAAACUGCUAAACAUGGUAUGUAUUUUUUUUUGAAUUUCAGUUCUGAAAAGUGAAUUUCAGCCAAACCACCUCGUGUUGUCCAUCCAAUUUUAACUGUUCAACCAAUGAAUGCUGCUCGAAAAUGUCCAAGUCAUUCAAUUCUUCUUGUUAGUCUUGAUGCACCAACAUACUGUGUUCGAUAUCUUCAAGCAAAUCUCAAAAAUACUCCAGAAAGUGUGCUUGUUUUUCAACCACUCAUUUGUAGUGUCAGAUUUUUGGCGAGACCACCUGUGAUGGAAGUUGUUGUACGUAUUGUUAUUUUGAUAAUAUUUUAAAUGUGGAUCACUUUUUUUCAGAUCUUAAAAACCGAAACUUUUAUUCCAGAAACUCACAAAUUUGAUUUUUUCAAAGCAUUGAUUCAAUUUUUUAGAUCCGUUUCAAAAUUGUUCUGAAAAUUUUGAGCCUUACCUGAUCACAUACAAAAACUGUACAAAAACCAAUUUUUCCAGCAAUCAAAAUUGUGUGACGUGUCGGAGACUGUGAAACUAAUGUUGAGCCCAGAAAAAGCAAUCGAAUCACAAAAAAUGAUUCCAAAAUGGCAAACAGUUACAUUCACAUUAGCAUUUGGAAAACAUGUCGCUGUGAAAUAUCGAAUUAUUGAAUCUCGAAAAUUCGAAAUUGAUCAUGUGAAAGCAAAAAAGGAGAAAAUUCGGAUUAUUUCAACCAAAAACUUGUAUCGAAAUGAGCCAAUUCAAAAAUUGAUAACUUGGACACCAAGCCAAAUUCAUACAUUGAAAUUGACAACUGUUGAAAAAUGCGAUCCUCAAAUUGUCAAACGUGUCUUCCUUGAAAAUGGCGGUGGUGGACCUACAGUAAUCCGAGCAAAUGAAUUGAGCAUGAUUUGGACAUCAUCAAAUACAGAACAAGUUGAAAAACCAAAGAAAACCAAGAAAAAAUAA